ACUGUGCUGUCACACUCACACUCACCCGUUGCUGCUUAUCUACAUGGAGAUGGAGUAGAGUUAUUGCAUUGGAAUGCAUCGGACGGACGGACCGGACCAUGUGCAAGUCCAGCUCACACGCUCUCCCCUCCACCACCACCACCGUUCCUUCUUCCUCUCGCCGCCGCCGCCGAUCCCCUUCCACCACCACCGCCGCCGCCACCGCCUCCUCCUCUGCGGCCACGGCCUCCACCUCCUCCGGACCCCGCCACACCACCCAUACCUCAACAGCAACAACAAACACCGCAUCCUCCUCCUCCACCUCCUCCAGGUCCAGCCGCUCCAGCCUCGCCGCGGCGCGCGCCUCGCUCCCGGACCAGCCGGUCCUCUACACCUUCCACGAGCUCGCCGCCGCCACCAACAACUUCCUCGCCAAGCGCGGCGCCUCCGACAUCACCUUCUGGCGCUGCUCCCUCCGCUCCCGCCCCGCCGCGCUCUUCCAGCUCCACCCGCUCCCUGGAGGCCUCCUAACGCCCGCGGCCGCCUCCGCCGCGCUCGCCCGCGUCGCGCGCUACCACCACGCCAGCCUCGCGCGCCUCCUCGGCGCCUGCCCCGCCGGUGCCCACGUCUACCUCGCCUACGCCCUCCCCACCGGCGCCUGCACCCUCGCCGCAUACCUAUCCUCCUCCUCCUCCUCCUCCUCCUCCCGCGCCGGCGGCAGCAGCACCAGCGUGAUCCUCCGCACGUGGCUGUCCCGCGUGCAGGUGGCCGUGGACGUGGCCCAGGGCAUCGAGUACGCGCACGCGCACGCGGACGCCGCGCACGGCCGCAUCUCGCCGUCCGCGGUCCUGCUCGUCCCCGACGCCCACGGCGGCCAGGGCGUGCGCGCCGUGCUCACCCACUUCGGCGCGGGCCACUUCGCCGCCCCCGACGACCAGGAGCGACCCUCCAAGGGAAAGGCGUCGGACGUGCGCGCGUUCGGGGUGCUGCUGCUGGGGCUGCUGUCCGGGGAGGGCGCGGAGAGCCGGUACCGGUUCGACCGCGCCACCAAGGAGUUCGCGCGCGUGUCGGUGGUGGACACGGCGGCGGAGGCGGUCCGGACCGGGCGGGUGCGCAGCUGGGUGGACCGGCGGCUGGGCGACUCGUUCCCCGUGGCGGCCGCGGAGAGGCUGGUGGAGGUGGGGCUGCGGUGCGCCGCCGAUGAGGAUAGCGAACGGCCGGAGAUGGCGUGGGUGGCCGGCAAGGUGUCGCGGGUGUACGUGGAGUCCCGGGCGUGGGAGCGCACCCUGCAGCCGCCCUCCGACGACCUUUCCUCCGUCGCACUCGCGCCGCGAUAGCAGCCAGCCAUUACUAAUCCAAAGCUGACCUUUCUUUUUAUUCUUCUUCCCUUCACAUCAAGAGUGAAGAUACGUACAGUAGAUUCUUGUUGCAUUUUGAGCUGAGGAUUUGAAAGGCUUUCAAAUUCGAUUUACUUCAAAUUCUCUUGUAAUUUAACAAAUGAGGCUCAUGGCAUUGCUCGAUUUCCCUUUUCA